AUGAAAUCAUCAACGGGUGAUAUUGUCCAGCAGCUGGAUCAAGUUCGCGUAAAUAUCGACGCCUUCACACCUGACGAUGCGCAGGCUCGUCGGGAUCUACGAGCAUCAGCGUUAGCGUUGGCCUCGACCCUCAGCUCACCAGAAGACAUCUUUGCUGAUGCUUUCUAUCAGCCAGCAUUGGCGGUAGCUAUUCUAGUUGCAAUGGAAGCUCAAUGGCUGCAGUGUUUGGCCAGUGAAUCCGCGCCUUUAUCUGCAACAGAAUUGAGCCAAAGAACACAGACCAGUCGGUCCACGAUUGUACGAUUUAUGCGCGUAUUGACUUCACAUCGAAUUGUCACUGAGGAUGAUACGGAGAAAUACAUAGCCAAUAGCAAUACACGUUGGUUGACGACACCUGCCGCAUUGGCAGGGGCACAAAUAUUGUACCCUGCCACAGCUGAAGCGUGUCUCCAACUUCCAAACUGGUAUGCGAGUCGCAAAUUUGCUGAGCCAACCUCACUAAAGGAUGGUCCUUUUUUCGCAACCUUCAAAAAGACUUUUUGGGACUCACUCCGCGAUGACCCAGCCAAACAUGCCGCGUUUAGUUUAUCAAUGGAAGGGGUCUAUGAAGAGGAUGCCAUCAAAUCUGAUGCAGAAUUAAUAGGCCGCAAAUUGAAACAAGCAGCAGAUAUGCAGGUUGGUGACGUUAAUGAUGUGCUACUGGUCGACAUUGGCGGUGGGACUGGACAUCUUCUCCGAACAUUUCGUAAACUGCAUCGUGAGCUCCCAGGAAAGCUGGUACUACAGGACCGGGCAAGUGUUAUUGAUAAGAUGGAUUCUAAGAUUAUGGAAGGAAUUGACUUGAUUGCCUAUGAUUUUUUCGACCCACAGCCUAUCAAGUACGCGGAAGCCUAUUCUCUUCGACACGUGCUUCAUGAUUGGAGCGAUGAGGACUGUCGGAAGAUCCUUGCCAACACAUGUGCUGUAAUGCGGAAGGGAUAUUCCAAGCUGUAUAUCAUGGAUAUACUUCUUCCCGAUCAAGGCUGUAGUGUUACAUCUGCCCUUCAGGAUAUCAUGCUUCUGGCUCUCUUUUGUGGUAAAGAACGAAGCAAAAGGCAAUUUGAGGAACUUCUAGGAUCUGUUGGACUACGUAUCACCGAGGUCUUUGUGUCUGAUGCGUCGACAGCAGAAGCUGGCAAAAUAUUUGGUGUUCCGACACCACUAGGUCUACAUGUAUUUCUUCCACCGAAGAUGGUACCAGAAUUGACCGAAUUUUCCGAUCAUGAGUCCAACUUGGAGGCUCAUUUCGCAUUGCAUACACUGGAGAAUAAAACAAAAUUCUCGAGGACAGAACCGCUGUUCGCAAAAGUCACACACAAAGGUAUCAAUCACCACGGUCGGGAAACAGUUCAGAUCCUUGAACAUGGAAUUUGCGAGGAGAUCAGAAAGGUUAUCGGGCCGUGUGGCCAAUGGAAACAGUUCAACGCUUCUCGAAUAAUAAAGCAAGUCGCAAUGGCUGGAUGCAAUCUCGUCGCUCAUGGACCAAUGCUAGGGUCUAAUCAAGCAUGGUUGUCCGAGAUAGAGGGCUACCUAGACGAUGCCAUGUUCGGAUUUUUCGAUGUGAUGGAAUAUCCUCAGUUUCUUCAUGAAACACUCGCGUUAUUCAACAAACGAAUGAGGCGACUUCCUGGCCGCCUUGAACGAAUCAAAGAAACUCUGAAACCAGUGUUGGAGGACUAUCGCCAGUCUGAAAAGAAGCAUAUAGACGGGAUACAAUGGGCGUCGGAUUAUGCUUCCGAUGAAGAGCAACGGGGAAUUGAGUAUCAAGCACUCACACACAUCAUCAUGUAUUACUUCAACUCUAUUUUCAUCAUGCCCACGAUUGUGAUUCUUUUCUAUGAUCUCUUAUCCCACCCGGACUGUAUUGAUCCGCUGAGAAAAGAAAUUCGUGAGGUCUUUGGAAAGGAUAUGCCAGCAGAUUUCACGCCGAACAAGUUGGACAAAUUACUGAAGCUGGAUAGUUUCUUGAAAGAGUCACAACGGAUUGCGACUCCAACCCUGUGUAACUUUCUCACCAUGGGCCGUCUUGCACUCACAGAGAUUCGAUUCUCGAAUGGGGUUGUUCUCCCAAAAGGAACACCAUUUGGUAUUCCUCUUUGGCCACUAGCGCACGACCCCGAUUUAUGGCCCGAGCCUUCUGCAUUCGAUCCGUGGCGUCACCUGAGGAUGGGGGAAGCAGAGGGAAACCGUGUUGAUAAUCUGAUGACAGCUGCACGGCCCCGGUGGCUCCUUUGGGGCCGUGGUCGUCAUGCGUGUCCUGGCCGGUUUUUUGUCGUCCAUGUAAUCAAAAUUACAGCAGUGAUGCUGCUUAGCUCAUACGAUAUGCGGUUUGCUGAAGAUGUCACACCGGCUGGUGAGUACAUUGGGUCGGGUUUCAUGCCAGACAUGAAGGCCGAGAUCCAAUUUCGAGACCGAAAGGAUACGAGUGUUCAGUUUUGA